AUGCAUGUUGCAACUCUGAGAUUGGUCCUAUGUCUAAUGGUUUGCUGCGAUUUAUGGCUUGUCAGCAGCCAAAAGCUUGAUUCAAUCGAUCAAUCGGAAUUAGUGCGCAAAGCCCGUCAAAUAAGGCAACAUCGUCAAGUUCGCCAAACGCGUCAACUUCGUCAGGAACAAGAUAAAGAAACAAAAUGCAAAUUCAAAUUUGCCUUGCUAGAUUUUCCUCCUUACAUUAUGAACCAAAGUAUUGACGGAGGAUUUAUGAAUCAAACCCUAACAUGGUUUGUGGACAUGGCUUGCUUUGGUAGAGAAGCAACAGACCCCAUAGCUUGCAAAAUGGUACCAGUAUUUGUUCAAAAUCAAGACGAGAUGGUGAAGUUGAUUAAAAAUGGGUCGGUUGAUUUUGGUUUUCCAAUUCUAUCGGAUGCAAAACAAAAACUUGCGGGUCUAGACAGUGUGACACUCAUUCGGGCAUUUGUAUCAUCCGGGUGUUCAAUGAUUGUGAACUUAAAGCAGUGCAAAGCAGAGUCACGGGAACAGUUACUGACUUCUAUUACGUCACAAUGGCCGAUAUUGGCUUGUGUCAUGUUACUGUCAGGGAUAUCUGGAGUGAUCAUUUGGCUCCUGGUAAGAGUUAAGGCUUAUCAUCGUCAAUCUAUACUAAGCCUCUAGAGCUCUUUACUUUUAAUCCUACGUCAGGUUAUAUUCGAACUUAAUUGUUACGGCUUUAACAUGAAAAUAGUUUAAGUAAGAAUCGACGGCACCAUUUUUGAGUAAACGGUUGGUUAGGCACACCUUAUGACCUCACCGAAAUAAAAAGCCAAACUAAAAUGCCCUACAAGUCAUGAAGCUACAGAUAAUGUUUGUUUGUUUGUAGGUGAAAAAAGACCGUUGCAAUGACGCAAACUAUCAAAUAAGAACAUUUUAUUCCCAGAUGCCACAAUUUCGGAUACGGUAAAACUGCUGCAAACUUUGCGCGUUGUAGCAAGGCCUUAAGUAAGCUAGAAGCGUUUUCUAAUCAAUUUAUUUACUCCACACUAAAAGCCACCUUCAUGUUCGGUUUUUUUUUAUAUAUAAUUCAUUAAACAGUGAUACCAAUUUCCAUGACAGGAACACCGUUCAAACGCGGUUCAGUUUUCACCCUCGUUCACGAUAGGAUCACCAGAAGGCUUUUGGUGGGCAGUGGUAUCACUUACAACAGUAGGGUAAGUGGAUUUAAAUUUGGGUAUCAGUGGGCUCUUUUUUUCACUGCGUCCUUUGAAUACGAUCAAAGAUAAGCAAUAUUGUAAAACCCAUUUUUUUGUCGAAGUUAAUACAUGCUUUGGGUUUAUCAAAAUCUCUACCAGGGUUCCAUUCUUGAAUUGGCUUCCAGUCUUACAAAUUACUAGUUGUUACGUGGUAUCGGGGUCCUUUAGUUCACAGUUCUUCACAGCUUAUAAACCAAAAUGAAUAGUAGCAAAUAAAAGAAAAAUAAUUUUCCAUUGCAUAUCUUAAAACUAUGUUUCAGGUUUUUUCUUUUUUCUUUUUUUUGACAUAGUGGAUAGUGUAAGGAGAGGAGGGCGGGAAGGGGAAUGAGAUUCGUCAAAUUUAGAUGGAGUCUAGUUUUUUGCUUAAACGCACAUACUCUGAUUAGUUUCAAUUUAGUUGAUUGUGAUCAUUAUCGAUGGGGCACGGCAUUUAUUAUGCUACAGGAGGGAGGCACAGGAUUUGUUUCCGGUUGCCACGAGUUUAAGAGUUUAACUCUUCGGCUGCGCUUUGUAUAUAGCCAAAUGUUCAGCUUCCUUCCAGUUGGGAUUUUCAUUCAUUCUCUCAUUUAUAAAUUAAUUCAUUUGUGCUGAUCCUGAAAAGCCUUAUCGGGGGAGUGGUCAUUUAGGUAUAGAUUGAGAAUUUAUAUAUUUACUACACUAUCCUCAAAGCGCAAAGAUAUUUGGUUCCUUUUUCCUCAUUAGGUACGGUGAUAAGACGCCUAAAACCUUCUGUGGACGUGCAUUUGGUAUAUUUUGGAUCCUGAUAGGAGCAAUAAUGUUGUCGCUGUUCACCGCCUUAUUUACAAAUGCUAUGCAAGCUUCCCUGGAUGGUACGAGAUGUAUGGACAUCGGUGGCAAAAAGGUUAGUAACCCUGACAUGAACACCUAAAACCCUUUGCACCCUAACAUCAUUAUGCCCCUUUCUCCAUGUUUUUCUUUAUACAUCUCUUAAGGUGCUGGGAAGGAGAAUUUUUUUUAAACAAUCAAGAGUUUCUUUAGUUUCUUUUAUUCUCAUGACCCUAAUGUUUGAUUCAGGGGUGAUAUUGUAAGGAAAUAUAUCAGUGAUUAUUUUCUUGGUUUCAAAUUAGAUUCCCUACAUUUUUAAAUUUAUCUUAACCCAAGCUUCGAAAGGUUUUUCCCUGAAAAAGUUAUAUUGCCAAUUAAUGAAAUCCUACCCUCAUCGAUCGAACUCAGGAACAACUCAAAUGCAACUCGGCCCUGUGACUCAAACCUUUAAGUCAUAGGGCCGAGUUAUUAAAAGCAGGGUUCAGAUAAUUCAGGAGUAAUGGAAAUCUUAUUUAAGAUCUGAAAGCUGUAAAAGAAAAUUCAGGAUAAUUCUUUUUGUCCUCACUUAUUAGAUACUCUUAGAAAAAAAAAUAGAGAAAGUUAUUCGAAAGAAUAAAAGACACCCGCAUGAAAUUAGACCCGGAUUAGCGCUACUCAGACUUUGGACAGCUGGGCUAGGAAUUAUGAGCUACCUGAGUCCGAGUUAGCAAGUUGUAUGGAAGAAUGAAAUUAACAUUAAACAAUUUUAAUUGAUUGUCGACAUGUAAAAUUGCUCUGGUUUUGUACAACUUCGGAUAUUAUUGGCCCUUUCAACAACAAUGCCUUCCCUGUUCCUUUUAUUUAGGCUGAGUCUUUCUGGAACUACAACUUAAGUGUACUUUCGUUGUACAGACUUUUCAUAUUCUUUGCAAGAGGAAAGUACUUAUCAUUUGGCACUAAGACUUUAUAGAUUGCGCUAGUAAAAGUAGCAUAUUAUACCAGUAAUAUUGCUCGAUCAUUUUUCAAAUGGUGCUCAAAAUUACGCUCGUUUUUGAAAAUUAUGCUACUUUUUUAUUUAAGUGUGCUUUACAAAAAGAAAAGAAACAAACGAAGUCCAAAUUAUAUAUUUGUCGUCAAUUAAGCAUGAAAUCUUCUUUAUUUUGAAAAACAUACUCUGACAAAACAAAAUUUAACAUUGAAUUCCAGACGAGAAGCAGUGACUUGACGAGUCAAAAUGUAAGUUUCUCUAUGGCGCCAUUUUUUUGCCUGUGAAAGCGGGAACUAUAAACGAUGUAAUCUUUACUACGGAUGUGCCUAGUCCUCUAGACAACGAAUGAUUCUAUACUGCGGUAGCCCUCUUCUUCCAAGACAUUGAAAACCUGAAAAUAGACAUGAACCUCGGACCGAAUUUGAAAAUAAUCGGUCUUAGAGACCAAAACAAGUCAUGACUCUGAUAAUGUUUCCUUCGAAAUAAGAAAAAACAUCCUGAUUAGGCUUGCAGUGCUACUUUCAUAAAUACAAGCAAAGAUUAUGCCUGUUUAACAAUUUAGGUCAAAACUUAUGCUUGCGCAAUCUAUAAGGGCCGAACUGGCAUAUAAAAAUUUGUCUGACGCCAAUUUACCUGUUAGGUGGGUGUGUCCGACAAGAAUCCUGAAACGCAUAUAGUCGCUAUGGAGCUGGACGCAGACUUUGUCAGUAAGUAAUUCUUUUCAGAUUAUUUCAAUGUUCUUGCAUAACGCGUUGCAUGACCAUUGUUCUUCAGGGACGACUACGAAGGUAAAGAAAUAAGCUUAAAAAUUACCUUUUAAUUUCAGUCAUAUUUCGUAUAUUUUUGUAUCAAAACUUUAAGGAGAAAUUUCUCCACCACUUUUUCUCAUUUUAUUCAUGUAAGAAUUUGCGUUGGCGAACUAAUCAAUUAUAUUUUUAAUUAACAGAGUUCAACAACCUGGAUGAAAUGCAAGAAAGUCUUAGCCAAGGAACAAUUGGAAGAGUAAUGGUGGAUCGCAACACUGCCUUUCACUUUUUGGAUAAAUCUGGUUUAAAACGAAACAGGCAGAUCCGAAUGAUUCGUAACAUCGAUUAUCCAAUGGAAUAUUACCUGGCUCACGUGAGCCAUGACGGAAUGGGGUCACCGAAUCACACGAACGAUUCUGAUGACGAAGUAUCGGUUAGAAAAACUAAGCUUUCGGUUUGCGGGGAAAGCCUAAGAGAGUUAUCACCGGAUUUGGUUGGAGUUGCAAAAGACACUGCCAAAGAGCAACUUAUCCCUGCCGAAUUACAGGUAGUUAAUUGUUUUUUGUGAAUUUUCUAUAUUUCACCACGCGCCAUUCUUCUCUUCAAGUUUAGCAUUUAUUCCGAUGCAAUCAACAGUUUGAAAGCUAUUUAUUUCUUUGUAGACAGCUGAUUUGUCCGAUGAAAUGGAAGGGUUAUUCUCCACUGGCUCACAAAUGACCAAAUCUAUUUUAUUUGCUUUAUUGGGAAUAUUCGCCUUCCUAAUAAUCAUCGGCAAACUUUGGGAGGUCUACACCAACUUUAAGCCAACGGUACGCAAGAAGAGAAAAGGUAACUGCUUCUCAAAUUAAUUUACCAUAGGUUUCUGCAGAGUAAAUAUAAAACAGAUACCUUUUGAAGAAAAUUGUUCUAUAUUAAUUAGUAUGAAUCUUGGUAUUGAUGUGAUUCUAUAAUUUUAAAUGCAGCUGGAAAUCAAAGGCAGCGAGACAGUCACUCGUCCUUCAGUUGCUCAGUCAGUCAGUUAGUUAGUUAGUUAGUUUAGUAGUUAGUUAGUUAGUCAGUCAGUCAGUCAGUCAGUCAGUCUGUCUGUCUGUCUGUCUGUCUAUCUGUCAGUCAGCCAGGCAGUAGGUCAGUCAGUCAGCCAGAUAGUAGGUCAGUCAGUCAGGCAGUCGGUUGGUCAGUCGUCCAAUCAACCAGUUAGUCGGUUUGCACGUCCCUCAGAUUUUAAUCAGAAAUGUUGAAACCUUCGUUACAUGAAAUGGUUCAAUGCUUAUUGGAAUGUCGGUCUGUCAGUCAAAUAACAGGAAGUUAUGUCAGUCCGUUUGUCAGUUAGGAAAUAGUCAGUUAUUCAAACGAUUAAUGACCGAAUGAAAUAUCGACUACUUGUGUACUGACAAACGGAAAGACAAAAGUUCAGGGAUUUAUUUAAUGGUUCAUUUCUUUAAAUUUCCUCUAUGAUCCUUCUUCCAGGACUGACUCCUAGCAGCAGGAAGAUGUCAAUGAUGCAAAACUUCCUGGAUUUGGAGAAACGACUAGAAGACAUAACGUCUGAUAUACAAAAGUUAAAAGAGGAAUUUGAAGGUGCCGCGAACGGUUUGUCUCUUGUGGACAGUCCUGAAUACUCAAGACCAAAAGAACGCUCAUUUUCUAACAAUAUGCUUGAUCUGAAAGGAAAGAGUAAAAAUACUGAAACAAUAUUAUAA